UAAUUUCCUAUAGAACUUUUCAAUAAAAUCUUUAUAUCCUUAUUUUUUUGUUUAUAAAACUUAAACUGCUGUUGACAGUUAACUUAAACAAACGAAAAAUUACAAACACAAAAAAUAACCUGCAAAAAAAAGGAUAUAUGAACAGGCAAAAAAGUUUGUUACAAAAACCAACACAAAUUUUAAUGGAAUAUUAAAUGAAACAAAUAACUACAUCCUUUUAAAUGAAAUUUUGUAAAUUGAAACAAAAGUUACACAAAAUUUAGCACCCUCCCUCCACCAACCGACAGCAGCAGAACAUUAAUGUGUUGAUAAACUUGUGUGAGAAUUUAUGAGAAUCAAGCAUUAACUCCUUGAAAAAAACUACAUUAAACUUUAUUAAAAAUCAUAAAAAAGCUACAGUUAACUGGGGAGCACAACCAUAAAAGAACAAACACAAAAGCAACAAGUGAAACUAUUAAUCUUAUAAACGAAAAAAAAAAAUAAACUACUAAAAAUGCUAAAAAACCACAAUAGAAAAGUUUUUGCAAAAAAAAUUUUAUUAAAUCAAAAAGUUAUUUUUAAAUUUUAUUAAAAAAGAAUGAAACUAAAAAAAAAACUAGAAAAACGCAUUAAAAGCUUUAAAAGCUGUGAGUGAGUUAAAAGUAUAUCCUUUUAACUGCAACAAUAAUAGUUUUACAAUACAACAAAACAACAACAUUUCCAACUAAUGGCGGUAUAAUGUUUUUAAAACAAAUAAUAAUGAUGAUUUUUUUUGUUCUCAAUGGCCUUGUUGCUAAUGCAAGAGUAUAAGUAAAUAAGUGUGCAUAAAAAUACAGAAAUAAAGUGUAUGUAUGUGUGUGUGUUUUGUAUAUUUAUAUAAAACAGGAUAAUGGCAUUUUAAUAUUUAAUAGACGUAAAAGAAAUAACUAAUGGAAAAAUAAUGUUGUAUUGUUUAAAAUCUAAACAGAAAAAAAAGAAAACAAUAAUAAUAAUGAAAAUUAAAUAGACUACACAACUACUCUGACAAAAAAAAAACAAGUGAAAUUAUUAUCUAUGUAUAAAAACAAUAAAACCUGUAAAAACAAAAACCCCAAACUAAAAUAAAUAUUAAUAUAUAAAAAAUAUAUAAAAUUUUCAUAAACCACACACACUCUGCCAAAACAAAGGAUUUAAAAAGGCUUAAAUUACAGCAUUAACAAAAAAAUUAAAAAUUCGUCACACAAAGCCAAGGAAUGUUAGCAAAAAAAAUAAAAAACAAAUAAUUUGCAACAAUGGUUAAAAACGGAUAAUGAUAAUUCUCUGAAAUUAAAAACAAAUAUUAAACAAAAAACCAGUAAAAAACAGAUAUAAAAAAACUAUAAAAUUCUCUAUAAAUUUACAGCUGGAUAAACAAAUAAUUAAGAGACAAGAACAAUGUCAUCCCUUAAUGGCACAUGAGUGAAGGUAAUACUCGUAGCAAAACCACGCUGUUAUUAUUAGUUGGUUUUGUAUUGUUGCCAAAAAAAAAUUCUUCAUAAUACAAGGAUUCUACAAUGCGAAAAACUAUAAAAUUAUCUAUAGGGAAUAUUAAGUUUCCUGUACAUUCAACACUAACAAUAGAAUUUCCUUUUUAAUCCUUAAUUGCCAGAGCUCGCACACAUACAAAAGAUAUAAAAAGUAAUAUAGAAAAAAAAGAAUAUGACAUUAUUUGACCACAGACAACAAUAAGAAAUUUUAAUCAUGUCAAUAUGAGUGUGAGCAUACAGCAAAAGAAAAAUAAAAACUAAUAUGAAAAGCCACUCAAUUGUAAAAUAGAAGGACAAAUUUUCGAAAACAACAAAAACUAAAUAGUAAAAAAAAAACUUAGCAACACUCACACAAAUGACAACAAUUACUAACCCUCAAUUGGCAACAUGAAUAUGGAGCAACAACAACAACAGCAGCAGUAUUCUAUAGUACCGCCACCACCUUCCUCAACAUGUAUAACCACAACGAUGGCUUCAUCUUUAAACUCCAGCGGAGAAUAUGUCAAUGUACCCACUUCAUAUGUGACCAUAGGUAUGAUGCCGCCUCCUACACAAGCAGCGCCUACACCAACUUCUAUGGCCAUGGCGGUGGGUUCUGGACAAAACAUAUCAUCAACGGGCUCUUCAACGUCCACUUUUAAAACCCCCCUCUUGCCCAUGCCUACGUUGGAGGAUAUAGAAGUGGGUCUGUGCAAUAGUUCUUCAAAUAGUAACAUGCCACCAGGUAUUUUGAAAUACACCACAACCGCCACCACAAGUUUAAAUAUGCCACCACCACCAGCUUUGGGCAUGGGACCAGGACCACCAAAUUUAAAUCAAAUGUCCUCUAUGUCCUCACCGCCUCAACCCACACCACCCUCCGUUCUAAACUUGCCGGCUUUGGUAUCACAACAGCACAACAUGUCUGUGGUAACACCUCCGCCACCAAACAACAAUUUAUCCUUAAGCUCUAAUUCUACAAUGGGGGAUGGUUCCUCCACAUGUGGUACCCUAAAAAGUUCGGCCAAAUUACAGCAACAGCAGCAGCAACAACAACAACAAACACCCGCCAAUCUAAACGCUACUACCACCAGCAAUAUAGCUGCUGGUGCUAUUGCCUCGGUGGUCGCAAAUAAUUGCAAUAACAUUAACAUCAACAAUACAACAUCUAAUAGCAGCAGUACAGUGCCUUUAAAUCUCCACAGUACAACUGCCAAUUCCAGCAAAACAAGCAGUAGAAGUAAUUUACAUAAUCGACCCGCCUCUCCAAAAUGUUGUUCUUGUUUUGGUGGCGGUGGCAGUGGCAGUUCGAGUACAAACAACCACACUAGAGGGCGCAACACAAACAAAUCAUCAUCAUCGAUAUCAACGAAAUCCCAGGGCUAUGCCCAAACGAAGGGUCGACGUCAUAGUCGUCAUAAUGCCCAAACAUUUUGGUCGGCUGUAUUAACCAAUCUGGGUAUAUGUGCUCUACUGCUGGCCUAUACUUUAUUAGGUUCUUUUAUAUUUUUAACAAUUGAAAGUGAAGAUUCCGCAUAUUUGCAACAACAACGAACAUUGGCCUCAACAAAACGCAACAUACAACCACACAAACAGCAUACGGGGACCACAGGAAGUGGGGUGGCUGGUAGUAGUAGCAGUAGUAGUAGUGGUUUAAGUGGGAGUGCUGAUGGAUCAGCUUUAGCCGGCACAACAAAUAACAAUAUUUAUCAAACACAACAACAACAACAUACUCCUCCUUUACAUUACGAUAAUGGCACAAUAAAUGCAGCAGGCUCUUCAGCAACAUCAUCCUCUUCCUCCUCAUCGGCUUCCUCUCCCCAAAUGAUAGAGGGCAUGAUAUCAUUGCAAAACAAUGAUUUUAGUUAUGGUGAUGAUUUUACGCCACAAUAUGCCUUGUCACCGGAUACUUAUGAUGUACGUCAAAGGACUAUUGAAAAUAUAUGGGAUAUAACCGUAUCCUUAAAUAUUUUAUACAAAGAAAAUUGGACAAAAUUGGCCGCUUUAGAAAUUGCAAAAUUUCAAGACCAAUUAAUUAAGAGACUGAAUGAGGAUGCUCUACUACAAUUGCCACACGAGGCGGAUGUUAAUGGCCAGACACCAGCAACGGAAGCUGUUUUACUAUUCCAUCAACAUGGUCUAACGCCGCAUCAUGCACAUCAUCAUCAUCAUCAUGAAUGGAAUUUUGCUCGAGCCUUUCUCUAUUCCCUAACAGUAUUAACCACAAUUGGUUAUGGCAACAUAGCACCACGCACCACCCUGGGCAGAUUAGUAACUUUGGCCUAUGCCUUCUUUGGCAUACCUCUAACCCUAGUAUAUCUCUCCAGCACGGGUGGCAUUUUAGCCAAAGUAGCACGCGAGGUAUUCUCUAAAGCAUUAUGCUGUUGUUUAUGCUCCAAUUGUGGUUACUGCUGUUACGAUGAAAAACGUAUGGCAGAAAAGGAAAGACGUAUGAAACGUAAACGACAGCAGGAAGAGUUGCGCAAACAACAACAGGCCAUGCAAGAACCUUACUAUGUAAGAUCAGGCUCAAUGCCGGAUAACUUUCAAACGCCCGAGAAACAAUCAUUAGGCAACAAUAGCAUACAAAUGCCCGAUCUAGAUUCUUUAAGUGCCAGUGAGUCUAGAGGCAGUAUGCAUGGUUUAGCCAUAUUGGCACCAAUUUUAUUAUGUUUUUCCAUGAUGAUUAUCUAUAUACUCUUUGGGGCUGUGGUAUUAUAUAGGCUAGAAGAAUGGCCUCUACUCGAUGGUAUUUAUUUUUGUUUUAUGAGUUUAUCAACCAUAGGAUUUGGUGAUAUGAUGCCUGGUUUUCGACAUGAUUCAAAUACCACCAUAUGGUUUUGUUCCAUUUAUAUAAUGUCGGGUAUGGCUUUAACAGCUAUGUGUUUUAAUGUCAUACACGAGGAAAUAGUUAAUCGUAUAAAAAUUGUAGUGGAAUUUAAGAAAUCUACAACAAUGGAUACAACGAAUGAAGAGGCUAACUAUUAUAUGCCACCUUGACAAUAUGAAAAGAAACAGAAUUUAUAUCAAAGAAAUCCCACCGAAGAAACUUUGGUAACGGGCACUCCCACUUCAUUAGUGUUUGGCUCUCACAAUGAUUCGGAUUUGAGUAAUAUACACAAUUUAAAAGAUUAUGUCAAUCAUGAGCUAGUGCCUAUCUUAACUAUGGAUCCAAAUUCAACGGCUUCAACUUCGAGUAG